GGAACUGAGAGGAAGGCUAUGGGAAGGAAGGAAAAGAGAAGGCGGGACUGAGAGGAGGCUACAUUUCUAUCUAUGCCCCGGGCUGGGCGCCUGCUCACCAUGGACACUGCCGGGUACAGCAAGUGGGGCGGCGGGCUCGAGGAUGUCCCUGGAGGGUGCUGGGGACGCUGGGGACGCUGGGGACAGAGACUCCUCUUCCUGGGCCUGGUUCUGGCAGUGGCCACAGUCCUGUGGGCUCUCAUCCUGAACAUCCUCGUUUCUAAGGCCUCCACAGAGCGACGGGCGCUGCUUGGCCACCAGGAUCUGCUGAGGACGAACGCCUCGGAGCAGUCGGAGGCGCUGGGGGCUUUGAACCGGGAGGUCCGAGCCUGCAACACCUGCUGCUUGGGGACCCAGAAGCUGCUGCAGAGAGCACGCACCGAGCUCGGGGAGGCGCAGGCGAAGCUGAUCCAGCAAGAGAGUGCCCUGAAAGAACUGAGCGAUCGCGUGACCCAGAGCUUGGCCGAGGCGGGCAGGGACCGCGAGGGCAUCCGAACCGAGCUGUUCAGGGCUCUGGAGGCCGUCCGGCAGGGGAACAGCUCCUGCGAGGAGUGCCCCGAAUCCUGGCUGCCCUUCCAGGGCUCCUGCUACCUUUUCUCCGUCCAGCGGGCCACCUGGGAGGCGUCGCAGCAGAACUGCGCAGCCGCAGGCGCACACCUGGUGAUUGUAGGGGACCUGGAGGAGCAGGGCUUCCUGAGUCGGAAUACACGUGGCCGUGGUUUCUGGCUGGGCCUGCGGGCCGUGCGCCGCGCGGGCAAGAUCCAGGGCUACCAGUGGAUAGACGGAGUCCCGCUCAGCUUCAGCCAGUGGAACACGGGAGAGCCCAAUGACUCUAUGGGGCGCGAGGACUGCGCUAUGAUGCUACGCACCGGGAUGUGGAAUGACGCACCGUGCGAAAACGAGAAGGACAACUGGAUCUGUGAGAAGAGGCGCAGCUGCUGACCCCGCCCGGUGCCCACCAGCCGUACCCACAGCCUGCGGGUCGGGGGGCCAUCCGCGACUGCCGCCUGGGCUGUUCACCGUCCUGGCGCCGCCCACCACCAGAACUACUAAGAGCCGUCCACCCAACCCAGGCAGGUGCGGGCGCUGGGACCUCCACUCCAACCUCACCGCAAGCCCUCACACAGACAACCUAGCCUCCACCCCCACCCAAAUCCCGGCUCCUGGGCCGGUCCCUGGGCCCCACCUCCCUCCCUAACCAAAGCAAGGCAACUCAAGCAUGGAGCUGGUUUUCUCGCAUUCUCCCCCAGACUGGGAGCCCUCACAGAUAGGGGUUUUGUGAGCUGUCUUCGCAACCCUAGGAAGCAUCAAUAAAUGCUUGAGAAAUGAA